UAUAUGUAAAAAUAAUAGAUGGAGUGUGCUGCAAAGGGAAAUGGACGACGGUGCUCCGGCACAGCAAACCGCCGGUGCGACAGUUGUGGUGCCGUUUCUUAUUGCUCAGUUUCUCAUCAGAGGUCACAUUGGAGUGCCCAUAAAGAAGAAUGUGGAAGGCUAAAACAACAAAUGUGUAAUGUGAAGUUGUUGAAUGAUUUUCCGUUUACGUUUUCGCGUGACGCUACUUAUCAGGUGUGUGAAAAGGUGGAGACUAGGUGUUCGUUGCUGGAUAAACUGGGGAUCCACCAUGUAGGAAUGUGGAUCCAUGAAUGUAGUUGUGGGGAUGCAUCUGCUUUGUUGGAUCAUUUGAGGUCUGACAAGGGUUGGAGUCUCUCAAGUAGAUUAUGUCCUUGUACAGGCCCUUUGUCGAUAUUAAAGAAGCAAUUAAACAGUUGGAGCGACUACUGUGAAUGGAGAGGUAUCCCGUUAGACUCUCCUGUUGCUCUACUUCUUCACUGGCCAUUGACCAUAUAUCAGGCUAUUCAGCUUGCAUUUUCUAAAGAUUUGAUCCCCGCAACUACAGAUGAACUGUGCAUACACUACCUAGGGCCAGAGAGGGAACUUUAUCAACUUUCUGUCUUUGGGGAGUUGCGUGCUCUUUUUCCGGAAGUGCAAGUGCAUAUUGAUUUUGUGGGGCCGGAGAUUCCACAUGAUAGGGAUGGUGAGACAAUCAAUCUUUGUAGUUAUCCGCAUUGCAUAGAGGCAAGCUGCUGUUGCAAAUCGGGCAAAGGUGAAUUCACUUCACGCACAACUAGUGAAAUAUCCUCAGCUAUCACAAUAAGGCUUCAUUCAGGUUAUUAUCAUGACCGCUACGUUGAACUCACCAAGGAAUUUCUCCCCGAUAUAAUCAUUGCCCCAAAUGCUGGUAUUGCCGCCUACAAAAGCUGGUUAGCAACUAUUGAGCUGAUACGGGAGAUAGAAAUCCCAGCUAUUUUCUCUGAUUACUGUGAAGAAGCGUGUCAUCUUGCAGCCAACUGUGUAAGCUCUGUGACUGGCAGUCCAUCGACAAUUACUGUUCAGCUGAACCCCUUUAGGCAGCCUCUGGCUGUUGAAGACACUGUUCUUCUUCUUCCUUGCUACUCGAAUUGCUUUUUAUUUGGAAUAUGAAGUGGAGUCUGUUCUUCCUCUUUAGCUUGAAAUCUCGCAUCAAAUUACGAAACUUGUUUUCAAUCUUGGUUGUAAUUUAACGCUUACUCGUUAGAAACUCACACCUAGGCAGGUUGUAGAUGGUGGCCACACUUACAACUCUACGGGUUGGAAGGAAUUGUAUAUACACCGCAGAGCUUUGAUUAUUUUUGUAUUGUAUACUUAUGAUCAUGGACACACUUUGUGUUCUCUUCUAGACCCAGUGAUAACUUUAUUUUACUCCAUGAUAACUUAAUACGAAACCAUAAUUUUGGAUAGCAA